AAACAUGGACGCAGGCACAGAAACCAGAAAGAUUAGCGAGAGAAGAGAGAGAGAGAGAGUCGCAGAGAUGCAUGUGAGAAACAGCUAGCUGUUUUCUUUGAUAAAUACCCUUCUUACCUUCCUCCCUUCGACUUUUUGACUCCUUUGAACACACUCUCUCUCUCUCUCUGUUCCAAAGCAACAAAACCCACUCUCUCAAAAAUCAGAGCUUUCUCUAAGCUCUCUCUAAUGGCAGCUCUGAGACCCUAAAACACCUACUCCUCACAGCCUCCAAAAUGAAACCUUUCUGCCCCUCCAACUCUCACAGGUGUCUUUUCCUCCUCUCCUUCACUUUCCUCUUCUUCCAUGCUUCAUCAGCAUCCUCCUCUUCCUCAUCCGGAAAGUACGCCCAGCAACUCAUCAACUUCAAAGACAGUCUCCAAAACUCAACCCUCCUCUCCGACUGGCUGCCCAGCCGAGACCCAUGUACUUUCUUCGGUAUUUCCUGCAAAGGCUCCCGGGUUUCCUCCAUAAACCUCAGCUCCACCCCUCUAAGUACCAACUUCAGCCUCGUCUCGGCUUUCCUCCUCUCCCUUGACCACCUCGAAACCCUUUCUCUGAAAUCCACCGACCUCUCCGGCACCAUUUAUUUUGCUCCCGGAUCCAAAUGUAACACGUUAUUAACCACCCUGGAUCUCUCUCACAACAGCCUCUCCGGCUCUCUCUCGGACCUCUCCGGCUUGGCUUCUUGCUCGGGCUUGAAAUCGCUCAACCUCUCUAACAAUAUUCUGGACUCUCCUUCCUCCGCGAAAGACGCUCCGAAACUCGGUCUCGAGGUUCUUGAUCUCUCUUACAACAAUCUCUCCGGCUCGACCGUUGUCCCCUGGCUCUUUCCGGGUGGUUGCAACGGUUUACAAAGCUUGACCUUGAAGGGAAACAAGCUCACGGGCGAGAUAGCGGCCGUCUCCACCUGCGACACCCUGCAGUAUCUGGACCUAUCGUCCAACAAUUUUACUGUGGCUAUUCCUUCUUUCGGCGAUUGCUUGGCUCUAGAGCACCUCGACUUAUCUGGCAACAAGUUCUCAGGGGAUAUCGGUCAUGCCCUCUCCUCGUGCCGCAAUCUCGCCUUCUUGAACCUCUCCAGCAACCAGUUCUCGGGUCCCAUUCCGGCGCUCCCGGUGGAGAACCUGCAGCUCCUUUGUCUCUCCGGAAACCAUUUCCUGGGUGAGAUCCCUUUGUGGCUCGCCGGCGCGUGUUCUUACGGUGUCCUUGUGGAGCUCGACCUUUCGGCCAACAACCUCUCCGGUGCGGUCCCGACCGGUAUGAGCGCUUGUUCUUCGUUGGAAUCGUUUGAUAUCAGUGACAACAAGUUCUCUGGUGAGUUACCGAUGGAAAUCUUCGUAAAGAUGAGCAAUUUAAAGAAGCUGGACCUGUCUUUCAACAUUUUUCUCGGUGCUUUGCCGGAUUCUUUGUCGAAGCUUGUGGGGCUGGAGACGUUGGAUCUUAGUUCCAAUAAUCUUUCCGGCACUAUUCCUAGCACUCUCUGCGAAGCUCCCGGUAAUAGCUGGAAAGAGCUCUUCUUACAGAACAAUCUGUUUACGGGUUCGAUUCCCGCGAGUUUGAGCAACUGUUCUCAGUUGGUUUCGCUAGAUUUGAGCUUCAAUUAUCUCACUGGAAAGAUCCCUUCGAGCUUGGGAACGCUGCCGAAGCUCCGGGACCUGAUAAUAUGGUUGAACCGGCUACAUGGGGAAAUCCCACAAGAGCUCAUGUACAUCCAGACGUUGGAGAAUCUGAUCCUGGACUUCAACGAGUUGACGGGGACUAUUCCCUCGGGGCUAAGCAACUGUACCAAUCUGAAUUGGAUCUCCUUGUCGAACAACCGGCUGAGUGGUGAGAUUCCAGGGUGGAUCGGACAGUUGUCGAACCUUGCAAUACUCAAACUGAGUAACAAUUCCUUCUAUGGGAGUAUUCCGCCGGAGCUUGGGGACUGUAAGAGCUUGAUAUGGUUGGAUCUCAAUACCAAUUCCUUGAAUGGAUCUAUUCCGCCCGCUCUUUUCAAGCAAUCUGGGAAUAUUGCGGUGAAUCUCAUAAGCGGGAAGACGUAUGUGUAUAUCAAGAAUGAUGGGAGCAAGGAGUGUCAUGGAGCUGGGAAUUUGCUUGAAUUUGCGGGGAUUAGUCAAGAAGAGCUUAAUAGGAUUUCGACCAGGAACCCCUGCAAUUUUACUAGAGUAUAUGGAGGUAAGAUUCAACCUACAUUCAACCACAAUGGGUCUAUGAUUUUUCUUGAUAUUUCCCAUAACAUGUUGUCGGGUGGUAUUCCAAAGGAGAUUGGGAGAAUGUUUUAUCUCUAUAUAUUGAAUUUGGGCCAUAACGAUUUCUCUGGAACAAUUCCCCAAGAGCUUGGGGACUUGAAGAAUCUCAACAUUCUCGAUCUCUCUAGCAAUAGGCUUGAAGGGUCAAUCCCACAGUCCAUGACUGGCCUUUCUUUGCUGACGGAGAUUGAUCUGUCCAACAACCAUCUCACCGGAGCGAUUCCUGGAAUGGGGCAGCUUGAAACGUUUCCAGCGGUUAGGUUCCAGAAUAAUUCAGGGCUCUGUGGGUAUCCUCUUGCUAAAUGUGGCGAGAAUCCGGACUCGAGUUCGAAUUAUCAACACCAGAAGUCCCAUCGGAGGCAAGCAUCCCUUGCUGGGAGUGUGGCAAUGGGAUUGCUGUUCUCCCUCUUCUGUAUCUUUGGUUUGAUUAUAGUUGCCAUUGAAACCAAGAAGAGGAGGAAAAAGAAGGAGGCAGCAUUGGAGGGUUAUAUUGAGAGUCGUUCCCACUCGGGCACAGCCACUGUCAGCUGGAAGCUAACUGGUACCCGUGAGGCAUUAAGCAUAAACCUUGCCACCUUUGAGAAGCCCCUUCGGAAGCUGACUUUUGCUGAUCUUCUCGAAGCAACAAACGGCUUCCACAACGACAGCCAUAUUGGUAAGGGUGGUUUUGGCGAUGUGUACAAGGCCCAGUUGAAAGAUGGAAGCAUUGUAGCCAUCAAGAAACUCGUACACAUUAGUGGACAGGGUGAUCGGGAAUUCACUGCCGAAAUGGAAACCAUUGGGAAAAUUAAGCACAGGAAUCUUGUUCCACUUCUGGGUUACUGCAAGGUUGGGGAAGAAAGGCUCUUGGUUUAUGAGUACAUGAGGUAUGGAAGCUUGGAAGAUGUUCUGCACGAGCAAAACAAAGUUGGGGUCAAGCUGAACUGGGCUGAUAGGAGAAAGAUUGCAAUUGGGGCUGCGAGGGGAUUGGCUUUUCUGCACCACAAUUGUAUCCCACACAUCAUUCACAGGGACAUGAAAUCGAGCAAUGUCCUGCUUGAUGAAAACUUGGAAGCCAGAGUAUCUGAUUUUGGAAUGGCCAGGCUUAUGAGCGCUAUGGAUACCCAUUUGAGCGUCAGCACUCUGGCUGGAACUCCUGGCUAUGUCCCUCCUGAAUACUUCCAGAGCUUUAGAUGCACCACAAGAGGUGAUGUUUACAGUUAUGGCGUGGUCUUACUUGAGCUGUUAACCGGGAAACGACCAACAAAUUCGGAUGAUUUUGGCGACAACAAUCUUGUGGGGUGGGUUAAACAGCAUGCCAAACUGAAAAUCAUUGAUGUUUUUGAUCCUGAACUCAUGAAAGAGGAUCCCAACCUUGAGAUUGAGCUUUUACAACACUUAAGGGUCGCUUGUGCUUGCUUGGAUGAUCGGCCAUGGCGGCGUCCCACAAUGAUUCAAGUCAUGGCAAUGUUCAAAGAAAUCCAAGCAGGGUCUGGGAUGGACACUCAAUCUACCAUUGCCACCGAAGAUGGAGCUUUCAGUUCAGUAGAAAUGGUAGAGAUGACCAUAAAAGAAGCCCCUGAACUAAUCAAGCAGUAGAACAACAGUCCCGACCAGUUUUCAAGCUCAUUCUUUCGAAUUAAGAAAGAAGAAAGGUGGAGAUGAAUUUUUCAGCUUCCCAAAAUUUUCCCCUCUUCUUUAGAACUUUUAAGUGGCAUAAAAACUGCUUUUGUAUCUCUACCAUUUAAUGUAUGUAAUCUUUUUAUUUAUACAUAGAAUGUUGUUGAACUCUUUAUGAAACGUGUACAUAACAGUUUCAGUCGAUGCUCUGUUUUGGUUCUUAA